GGCCUUCUGGGUGGCAGCACUUCACAGAGGGAGACGGAGCAGCAGCCUUGAGCCCCGGGCUUGUUUGGGGGGCGGGGGGCGGCGGGGGGCGGACUGACUCACUUGGACCCCUCCCCCGGGGCCGAUGGGGCACCCCCACACCCAUGGGCGCUGGCACUCGGUUGGGCCCCCGAGGUUUGGGGAAAGGAAGCCGCAGCCCCGCGGCGCAUGGCCCGAGCUGGCUGAGAAGCGCUCUGUGUGCGGGGACCCGCUGGCCCCCGGGCCUGGAGGCGAUGUAUAGGUUGCGACCCCCGCCCCCCGCAGAGCAGGCUCGCUCCAGCGGCCCCUCGCUGGGGCCACCCUGGCCGCGGGCCCGCCGGGACGCCCCUGCUCGCCGCGCCCCUCCCCGGGCCGUGGCGCGUCCCCCGAGUCUCGCAGUAUUUCCUUCCUGCACCUUUAAGAAGACCGCUGCUCCGUGGUGGGAUGGUGUGUUAAAGCCACACAGAGGAAGUUACGCAGCCCGGAUCAGACCGGGAGAUAAAAGCCCCGAUGGUGAUCGUGAGUGAUGGCAAGAGGAUUUAGCCUCAGCAUUAACUUGGAACGGAGUGCAGGGGGGCAGUGAAGCGCCCCGGCCAUCUGGCCCGCGCCGCGCCCCGGGGGGGGGGGGAAUGCCCCGGCGCCCCGACGAGCCGCCGCGAAGCCCACCCGGGCCGGGGGCUGCCCGGUGCCCGAGCGCGGGUCCUCUCCGAGCCGCCCAGGGGGCCCCAAAAGUUUGCACUUGUUAGCGGCGACCUCCGGCUCGGCCCCCGGCGGGCGAUGCGGGCGGCGCGGGCGGCCCCCACCCCCGGCCCGCGUCUCCGGGACGGCUGCGGGCGGCCCCCCCGGGGGCCGGAGGGCUCCCCAGCCCCGAUCUGACAGCCACAGAGGCGGCGGGGGAAGGAGCAGCGGCUCGCAGCCCUCGGCCUUCGCCCCCACCCAGCGCCAGCCAGACGGGGGAGGCAGAGCGCCGGAGGGUGGCGGCCUCCGGGGUCUCCGCUCCGGGAAGCCGCUCCGAGCCGGGGUUGUAAAAAUAGUCUCCAGGCGGAUUCUUUCUGAGAGUUUUCUAGCAAGGAGCACAUUCAAGGCCAGGAGGACUCUGUAACACCGUUUCUUUCGAAACAGCCAGAGGUGUUGUUGCUAAUGAGCUCUCUCUUCUCCCUCCCUACAAUGAAAGACAAGCCAGACCCCGGGUACCUGGAUGGAUUGGGAGCUGAAGUCUCAGAAACUUCCUGAUAAGUUGCCCAUGGCUACCAGCCAAGGUCAGCUGGCCCCAUUAGCGCCUGUCCCCACCAAAGCAGACCCAAAUAAGCUGCUCCCCAGUUAACACCUCAGUCGCUUUUUUUUGUGCUGCAGUCCAGCUGCGUGAUUGUUGUCACUUUCAGCCCAUAUGAAAAGAAAUCUCACUGGUCCAAAAUGCCAAGUCCAGUCCCAUAGGGGGAACGUGUGUGCAGCUCACAGGUACGCUGCCUGAUUUUGUUUUAUCUUUACAACGCAGGCCAGAGGGUGGUUGUGCAGUUGUGUUGAGCACACAUCACACAUGAAAGGGCCCUUUAAAGAGCUGGAUUGAUCGGAAGGACAAAAAUUAAAAGCAAUCCGAUCCGGCCUCAUGCCAGAUCCCUGCGGACUGUCUCCAUCUCCCAUUUCCAUCCACGGUCACAAUUGGAGCGUUUGCCUGAUUUGAUCAGAUUCACCUCUGGGAUAGGGGUGAUGCCAAGGUGAGGAGGACGCCAAGUUGUGGGCAACUUCUUGAUUUGCCCAUUAGCACUCUGAGAAACGCCGGCUCUGGGUUUUCCAUAUCGGCCUCUUGGAAAAACCAAGUUUCCUCGCUGUUUGCAACCUGGCAGAGUCCCUGGGACAUCUGGCCUCUGUCGCCUGGUAGAUGUGGCUUUUCCAUGCUGAGGCUGUGUGCCCCGCCUGAGCCAGCCGCUGCCUCACCAGGCCCCCUGCGGGCCGCGCCCCUGGGGACCGCGCCACCAUGCUGCGCUUGCUGGCCUUCCUCCUGCACUGCCUGGCCCUGGCCUCCGGGGACUACGACAUCUGCAAAUCCUGGGUGACCACGGACGAAGGCCCCACCUGGGAGUUCUAUGCCUGCCAGCCCAAGGUGAUGCGCCUGAAGGACUAUGUCAAGGUGAAGGUGGAGCCCUCCGGCAUCACGUGCGGAGACCCCCCGGAAAGAUUCUGCUCCCACGAGAACCCCUACCUGUGCAGCAACGAGUGUGACGCCUCCAACCCAGACCUGGCCCACCCGCCGCGGCUCAUGUUCGACAGGGAAGACGAGGGCCUGGCCACCUACUGGCAGAGCGUCACGUGGAGCCGCUACCCCAGCCCGCUGGAGGCCAACAUCACCCUCUCGUGGAACAAGAGCGUGGAGCUGACGGACGACGUGGUUGUCACCUUCGAGUACGGCCGGCCCACCGUCAUGGUCCUGGAGAAGUCGCUGGACAACGGGCGGACGUGGCAGCCCUACCAGUUCUACGCGGAGGACUGCAUGGAGGCCUUCGGCAUGCCCGCGCGGCGGGCGCGCGACCUGUCGGCGUCGGGCGCGCACCGCGUGCUGUGCACGGAGGAGUACUCGCGCUGGGCUGGCUCCAAGAAGGAGAAGCACGUGCGCUUCGAGGUGCGGGACCGCUUCGCCAUCUUCGCCGGCCCCGACCUGCGCAACAUGGACAACCUGUACACGCGGCUGGAGAGCGCCAAGGGCCUCAAGGAGUUCUUCACCCUCACCGACCUGCGCAUGAGGCUGCUGCGGCCGGCGCUGGGCGGCACCUACGUGCAGCGGGAGAACCUCUACAAGUACUUCUACGCCAUCUCCAACAUCGAGGUCACCGGCAGGUGCAAGUGCAACCUGCACGCCAACCUGUGCUCCGUGCGUGAGGGCAGCCUGCAGUGCGAGUGUGAGCACAACACCACGGGCCCCGACUGCGGCAAAUGCAAGAGGAGCUUCCGCACGCGGUCCUGGCGCGCCGGCUCCUACCUGCCGCUGCCCCAUGGCUCUCCCAACGCGUGUGCCGCCGCGGGCUCCGCCGUCGGCAGCAUCAGCAGGUCCCGGAAAGAGCCCAUCCCUAAAGCCCCUGUGGCCACUGCGGCCGUUAGGGGGGACCCCGCCAUUCCUACCCCCCCAACAUCCACUGCCUGGGUCCCCAGGGCCCCCAGCACCCUACAGCCCACAGAGUGGAGCAGGCCAUCCACCGCUGCCCCGCUCUGGGCGAGCGCCCCUUGGUCCCAGGUGUCCUCCAGUGCAGAAGCUGCGGGCACUGCUGCUGGUGCCCCCGCCCCUGCCAAGGCCUCCAAACUUUUCCAGCUCAGGCCCAAAUCUCCUCAGGUGAUGCCUGUUGAAGAAUUCGAAGACUGCGAGUGCUACGGCCACUCCAACCGCUGCAGCUACAUCGACUUCCUGAACGUGGUGACCUGCGUCAGCUGCAAGCACAACACGCGGGGCCAGCACUGCCAGCACUGCCGUCUGGGCUACUACCGAAACGGCUCCGCGGAGCUGGACGACGAGAACGUGUGCAUCGAGUGUAACUGCAACCAGAUCGGCUCCGUGCACGACCGGUGCAACGAGACCGGCUUCUGCGAGUGCCGCGAGGGUGCGGCGGGGCCCAAGUGCGACGACUGCCUCCCCACGCACUACUGGCGCCAGGGCUGCUACCCCAACGUGUGCGACGACGACCAGCUGCUGUGCCAGAACGGGGGCACCUGCGUGCAGAACCAGCGCUGCGCCUGCCCGCGUGGCUACACCGGCGCGCGCUGCGAGCAGCCCCGCUGCGACCCCGCCGACGACGAGGGCGGCCUGGACUGCGACCGCGCGCCGGGGGCUGCCCCGCGCCCCGCCACCCUGCUCGGCUGCCUGCUGCUGCUGGGGCUGGCUGCCCGCCUGGACUGCUGAGCCCCGCGGAGGUCACCCCGGGCAGGGUGGGGGCCAGUCCGCGCGCCCUGUCGCGCCCUGCGCCCCUCGCCCGGAGAGCCAGGGGGCCCCCGGGGGCCGGCGUCCGAGGCCUGGCGGUGAGAAGGGUGCGGCCUGAGCUGCUCCCAGGUGCUACUCAGCAGAGUCCUCCCGCCCCGUCCCCACUACCCCAGUGGCACCUGCCCCCGCCCCUGCACGGCAGCGGGGGAUGCUGUGGGGUCCUGGCCCCAGCGGCCUGCGAUUUUGGUCUUAGUUUUUCUUUUAUAUUACCCACCGCCCCUUUCCUUUUUUUUUUUUUUUUUGCCGGCAGUGAGACAGAGGGUGGGGAGAAACGCUGCUCACCCCACACCCUCAGAUUCUGCCUCCUGCCACACACACGACUGUUGCAGACACACCCAACGCCUGUGCCUGGCUCACCACCAGCCAGCGGACCCAAAGUCCAGUUGCCUACAACUCUAGUCGCUGACGAUUCUCUUUUCUAUUCUUGGUUUUCCUUUGCAGCCCACCAGACCCCAGGCCUUUCCAGAGGUCUGGGGACCAAGGAGCUCACUGUCUGGGGGCAGGGAGUCAGGACGGAGGGUUGGGAGGGCCGGACACUUCCUUUUGUAGAGAACUAUUUUUGUUUGUAUUAACUGCCCCUAUGAAGGAGGGCCCCGGGCGGGGACGUUGGUCACCAUGGUGGGUGGUUGAUGGUGUAUAAUCUGACAGUAAAGAAUCUGCUCACUGCUGCCUCCA